AUGGGUGAAAGACCCGAGUCACGUAACGUUUGGAGGUCGGGGCUUGGAAAGCAGGUGUCAUUGCUCUCAGAUGCGCGUAAGCUAGUGCUGCAGUUCUACGACAACUGGGAGGUACAGAGUUCCAAGCAUUUCGUGAGUAACUACCGGGUUCAAACGAUAUCAGAUUCUCAGGUCGCUUUCUUCAAGAAGGCGUUUGACGACACAACAGCAUAUCUUGAUAAGUGCUUCGAGGCCGUCAAUGCAGACUACUACUUUCUUAUAUACAGAAUACUCGUACGUGUGCACAUCUCCAUCAAUGCGCGCAGUGUCGAACAAGCCGAGGAGAAUAUCAAGAACAAUGUGGCACGGGGAACAGAUUCGCUUCCGAACAAUCUAGACCCAGUCUUCAAAGAACGCGCUUACAUUUACGCUGACAAUAUACCCAAAUUUGUGGAAGAGAUGGAGAGGUAUGACUUCAAUGGUCCCGAGAAGAACAUCUCGUUUGAAGACAUAUGGUGGAUAUUGAUGAUGCGCCUCCAUGCGUGGACUAUGAGCGUUAACUGGGUCGACGACAGAGGAGGCGUGAAGAUCCCGAGCGAAUACUACCAUAGUACGGCUCGAGUGUACAUCUUGUAG